GAGUCCUGGACCACAACAACAACAAAAAUACAUAAAAUAAAAGUUCCUUAAGAUUUUGGCUAUGUAUGCGGCAGUGAAGCCUCUUUCAAAGUACCUGCGCCAGAAGACGGUGCGCAUAUACGACCCGAUAUUCACACUGCACUCCAAGUGCACCAUCGUGAUCCUGCUGACCUGCACGAUCCUGCUGUCGGCCAAGCAGUACUUCGGAGAGCCCAUCCUGUGCAUCAGCACCAGCAGUCACACGGAGUACAUACAGUCCUACUGCUGGACAAUGGGCACCUAUAUCCUGCCCACCGAGAGCAACAGCAGCGCCGGGCUCUUCUUGCGCGGACUGGCCCCCGCGGACUUCAAUCGGAGCGAUCUGCGCGGACUGAUGGCCAGAGAUCAGCAGUUCGUCCGCAUCAUUUCGAUAGCCGAGGGCGUGGGUCCCGAGAAGCGGGGCGUUACGAAGCGCCUCUAUCUGCGAUAUUAUCAGUGGGUGUUCAUGAUUCUGCUGUUCCAGUCGCUGCUCUUCUACUUGCCCUCGUAUCUGUGGAAGGUGUGGGAGGGGCAUCGCAUGGCGCAGCUGUGCUGCGAAGUGAGUGGCGCCAUCAUCCUGGAGGACACCUACCGCACCCGGCUCCAGAUGCUCACCAAGUACUUUCGGGCGAAAUUUUCCAGCAUCCACUGCUGCUAUGCCAUCAAGUACACCUUCUGCGAGAUGCUCAACCUGCUGAUCAGCAUACUGAACUUUUGGCUUAUGGAUGUGGUUUUCAAUGGGUUCUGGCACAAGUACAUACACGCCCUGGCCGCCAUACCCGUGUACGAUUGGCAACUGUGGAACAUGAUGACCUCGCGCGUUUUUCCCAAGGUGGCCAAGUGCGAGAUGUUUGUGUAUGGGCCCAGCGGCAGUCCGAAUGUGCUCGACAUCCUCUGCGUCCUGCCGCUGAACAUACUGAACGAGAAGAUCUUCGCCGUGCUGUAUGUGUGGUUCCUGUUCAUCGCCAUGCUAUCCGCCCUGAACAUCCUGUACCGAAUCGUUCUCGUCUUCUGCUCCCACUUGCGGCUCCAGCUGCUGCGCACCCAUCUGCGCGGCAUGCCCAAGUCGCAUGUCCGCGAGGUGCUGUCCACCGCCGGAUACGGUGACUGGUUCGUCCUCAUGGGCGUCAGCAUCAACGUGAACCCCACGCUCUUCCGUGAACUGGUCGAACAGCUCUACGCGGAGCUGAUGGAGGAGCGUGCCGGGCUGCACGCAUCCUCAUCCAAAAGGCAAUUGUCGUCUCCUCACUACACGACUAACAACAAUCCACAGGAGCAUCGUUCGAUUGGUGCGCUGAGACCCACUCAUGCCGAGAGGAAUCCAUCGGUUCCCACCCUGACUCUGAUGGCCCCCACCCUGAAUCUGAUGGGCUCCAACAAUGAAAUCGUCAGCAUUGACCGCUUCUGCGAUGAGAGUCAGGCCUGAGAUCUUUCAAACGUUCAUGUAACUGCAUUUCAUCUCUUCUUUUGAGUUUAAUUAUCAAUAUUGCUUAGAGUCUGUAUUUUACGUA